AUGUCAGUAGGUAUUGGUACAGUAUUACUUUUAGCAGGUCUCCUCCUCUGUGCUACGUUUGCCAUUGGAAUAAUACCUCUAUACUGCUUGAACCAUGGCAUUUCCAAUAGAGCCUCAUACAUCGAUAUCUUAUCGCGAUUUGGCGUGGGUAUGCUACUGGGAACUUCAUUCAUGUUAGUUAUACCGGAGGGAGUACGGGCAUGCUUAGAGCACAAUGGUAACGUUGGUUUAAACCUCCUGAUUGGUGUUAUGGUGGUUUAUAUCUUGGAUCAAAGUGUCCAAAUAAUGGUAAAUCGUCGUUCUGCUACUACUAACGCAAUUCAAAAUAAUAUCACGUUUGAAAUUGAUACCUUUAGAGACCUGCUUCGAAACCCAAAGCAGGUUGCAAUGUCUAUUCUGCAAAAUAACGUUGUCUUUGCAUUGGUAGUGCAUGGUUUAUCAGAUGGUAUUGCACUAGGUACUACGGUAAAUAAUGAGUCUCUCUUAAUAAUUGUUCUGAUAGCCAUAGUGGUGCAUAAGAUACCGGCCGUUCUGUCACUAACAAGUGUGAUGAUAUCAAAACAACACUUGCCAAAAUGGGAAAUUAUGUCGAACCUAUUUGCGUUUGCUCUUUCAACACCUCUAGGUUAUGUUGUUGUAUCUGCGUUCAAUUUGAAACAAUCUGACACAAUGGAUUGGAUCGGCGGGAACUUAUUGCUUAUGAGUGGUGGUAGUCUUCUUUACGCCUCUUUUACAGCCUUUACGACUGAUGAAUCAUCCAAUCAGAGCGAGACUGAUGAUACUAUAGAAAAUGGAUUCUAUCGUGAGGGGAGUAACUUUGUUUUAGUGAACAAUAAUCCUAGAGAAGAUUCUAGUAAUAAAUCCCAAAACUCCAAUGUUGAAUUUGAGAACGUUGCACCGCUCACUCCACCGCCAAAUAUGAAUAAUGCCCAAUUGAAAAAAAGAGCAACUUAUCAUGAGCUGAUCUAUGUGUCGCUUGGCGUGCUGAUCCCGGUGAUUAUUUCAUUUGUGAUAACUGAGGAUUGA